UAUAAAAUAUUUUUUUAAUGAGUUAAUUACAUAAUCUAUAUUAAUAAUUCACUUAAUUUUAAUUGAGUAAUUUAAAUAAUUUUUUAUUAAUUUAUUUUCAAAAAUAAAAAUAAAAAAAUAAUUGGGCUAGACUGAACGGAUCAUACCGAACAGAAAACUACCGGUUCGGAGAAAAUGAUGGACGGUCCAUCACUCCCCUAGACCGGACCGGACCGGACUGAUUUACACCCUAUGAAUUUAUAUGAUUUUACAACAUAUUGGAUAUAAAUGUAUAUGUUGAACGAUUUUACUUCCUGAGGAUGUAAAUGUAUAUGCUCAAUGUAUUUACUUUGAAGGAAAGAGACAAGAACUUUUUGAUGAAAGGGGUCUGAACUUGAGGGAGAAAAGGAAUAUAAAUAUACUAGAAAUUGCUGAUGAAUAGAGUUCAAAGCAACUAUUGUGGUCCUCGAUCGUUGGAGUACUCCAAGUCCAAUGAUAAAUAUUACUGGUAAUUAUCAAGUAAUAUUAUUUUUUUGGGUCCCCAACCAGUGGUUACGUGGCUGAAUUUACAUGAAUGCAAUUGUUUCAAUUGUUCCCAUUACAUCACUUACUAUUGUUGUAAGAAGUCCAUCAAACAGAUUGAUGGUUUUCCAACUACAAUAGGUUCCAUCUCAGUUUACCCACACAUAGCAGCAACCAUACACCCUGCACCUGCUGGUAUGAAUCAUAUGAACUUCUUGUUGAAAGCUUGAAUCUUUUAAACAGAGCAGUAAACAGCUAUCUUAAUACUUGCAUUCUGUUGAAAUCUUACAUAUCCAACACAACAAAGCAUAUAGUAGGAAAAUUUUAGAACUAAAAAAUUCACAAAUUUGUAGUAGAUAUAAUUUUUUUUAAAGGUAAAAAAAAGUGUGGUAGAAAUAAUGACCAUGAUACCAUGCAAGUAUUAUAUUACAGAUAGAAGUUUCCUUCUGGAUUCCAUUGAGAGGCUGAGAUCUUGAAUGCAAAGUUGGUUAUAACCUUUGUAGAUACACAUUAUUUAUAGGUAAGACUUUAUUGAUGAAAAAGUAAGGCCCCGUUUGUUUCUUAGAUGAGAUGAAAAUUCCAAACUGUGCGAAGAAGAGUUUUGCGUAACCAAACAGACAUCCGGGCAUCUUUAUUUCAUCUCAUCUAAGUUCUGAUGUUUUCAACAACUGUUAUAAUAUCUAAUAGAUAAAACAGUAAAAAGUAAAUUAAAAAGAGAGAAAACAGUGAAAAGCACUGUCUUCACUGGUUGUCGUCCUUGUGUCUGCCAUUAUUAUUAUUUUUUCUUCUUAUUUUGAAAACACAGCAACGCCUCAUUGCGGCCUUCGCCCCAACCAAGAGAAACGACAUCCAUUUUGCAAUAAACCACCCUUGUGCUGCCUCUUGUUCCUGUGUUGCACUCCAGCAUUUCCAGCCCAAGCAUUGAUACAAAUGCACAGCGUUGGGGGUCGACCGGGACCUUGGAGCUAAAUAAAAAUGUAUUUCUACCAUCUGAGGAUUUUUUCUUCCCUGUUGAGUUAAAAUUUUUUUCCCUCUACACAAUUUUAUAGUUGCAAUGGUAGAGUACUAUAAAUUUCCCACGCCUCUGAACUUAUCUAGGGGGGAAUCUGUCUUUCUCGAUUUCCCUUAUCAAAAACAGUCUUGUCUAUUUCUUUCCCCAUGCCAAAUUCCUCCUAUAAUUUCAAAAUGACCCCACUUAGUAAACCCACCAUCUCCACUGCCUCGAAGCAUGGCACUGGCGCCCCUAGGACCACCAUUAAAUGGUGCAUAUUUUUUGAAGCCACCACGACUCCUAAGACGCAAUCCUUCAAGCCAUACCAGCUACGCUCCUACCAAGAAAGGCACCUACCAAAGCUACUUCACAUGAAUGAUCCAGAAAAUGCACACAUUGAUCGUAAGCUUUGGUCUGAUGAGAUGGAGGAAAAGUUGAUCGAUCUGUUGUAUGCGGAUGCCCUUAUUGGUGUAAUAAAGGUAGGGAGAAUCACCUCCCAGGACCAUGCUACUUAUGCUCAACGCCUGACAGCGAUGGGCAGAAGCAAAUAUGAUGCUAGUCAAAUUAAAGGCAAAAUACAUAGGCUCAAAGGCAAGCAACGCCUUUUCUCAGACCUAAUCAGCCAAACUGGCAUGGGUUGGGAUCCAGAAACCGGAACGGUCAUUGCUAGUGAUGAGCAUUGGUCCCAUGCUAUUAGGGUAAAAUCACAAUGGAAGAACUUUCGCCAUGCUGGCUGCCCUAAAUACGAAGAGCUAUGCACUAUUUUUGGGGUGUCCGUAGCCACUGGGGCACAUGCACAUGCGCAUGCGUCAACUCAACCACUCCUAACUGUUGAGGAAGAGGUCCAGCGUGAUGAAGAUAUGCACGCUCGCACCAAUGUGUGCCGUCGCAUGAAUGUGGGCAAUCAAGAUGGUGUGGUGAUGGACAAUCCUGAGACGGACGCCUUGUUCGGAUGUGGGCAAUCAUCUGUGUCUUCGGGCCAAAAUCCACAUUGCCGAAGGAGAAGGGCCACCCCUAGGGUACAACAAGAGAUGUCAAACUGUAUGUUCGAGCUAGAUCGGACUUCCAUAGUAAAAUAGAAGCGCUAUGAGGAAGGGGAUAAGGCUUCAGGUUCAAAGCGUAGUAGAAGCACACAUAGUUCCAAGAGUGAUGCUCAUUUUGAUCAACACACUCAAUGUGUAAAAUUAUUGCAAGAGCUUGAACCUCCACUGCCGACAGAAAAUUUUCUCCGUGCUUACAACUCAUUGAUGGAUAGCAAGCAUCAAAAUGGCUUCCUUGCAUUGGAACUUACAAACAGGAGACAUUGGGCCAUGAGCCUUUGAUAAUAUCACAUCCCGAUCAACGAGAUCAUUUGGAUUUGAGAAAUCCUUCUUGUAAAUGAUGAUUUGCCACUAAUCUAGUAUAACAAUCAGCAUUCUCUCCAUGUCUUCAUUUGGUACUACAUAAUAUGUUUUGUGAUGCAAGCAUUUAUUUUCAAAAUUCAUGUCAAUAUGAAGCUGAUUAUAGUUCCAUUUUCUUCAA